AUGAGUUCCAGAUUUUUCAGAUUAGAUGCUGCCUACCAACAAUAUGAUUGGGGUAAAGUUGGUUCCUCUUCUGCCGUUGCCAGAUACGCACACCAUUCUAAUCCUUCCGUAAAAAUAGAAGAAGAUAAGCCAUACGCUGAAUUAUGGAUGGGUACUCAUAGUAAGGCGCCAUGUUAUAGGGCUGAUACGAGACAAUCUUUGAGUAAUGAAAUCGAAAAGGAUCCAGAGCACAUGUUAGGUAACGAUAUCAUCAAAAAGUUCCAUUCAAAGAAUGAAUUGCCCUUUUUAUUCAAGGUUUUGUCAAUUGAAAAGGUUUUAUCCAUCCAGGCUCAUCCCGAUAAAGCAUUGGCAAAAAUUUUACACGCUCAAGAUCCAAAGAAUUACCCUGAUGACAACCACAAGCCUGAGAUGGCUAUUGCAGUCACCGAUUUUGAAGGGUUCUGCGGUUUUAAGCCAUUGGCCGAAAUUGCUGAUGAAUUGCAACGCAUACCUGAAUUUAGAGAUGUAGUGGGUGAUGAUGUUGCAGCACACUUUAUCAGUAACAUCAAAAUAGAUGCCGUUACAGAUUCCAAGGAUGAUAUUGAGAAUAGAAAGCUUCUACAAAAUGUUUUUAGCAAGGUCAUGAAUGCUACUAAUGAACUUAUUUCUGAAAAGGCAGCCGCCUUGAUAAAAAGAGCUCAAACAUCUCCAAAUGACUUCCCUAAUGCAGCUCUUCCUGACCUAUUACUAAGAUUGGAGAAGCAGUUUCCUGGUGAUGUAGGUUUAUUCUGUGGUGGUCUUUUAUUAAAUCACUGUAAGCUUAAUGCCGGCGAAGGUAUCUUUUUGAAGGCAAAAGAUCCUCAUGCAUAUAUCAGUGGUGAUAUCAUGGAAUGUAUGGCUGCUUCAGAUAAUGUUGUUAGAGCUGGUUUCACUCCUAAAUUUAAAGAUGUCAAGAAUUUAGUUGAAAUGUUAACUUACUCUUAUGGGUCAGUUGAAGAUCAAAAAAUGAAAGCUGAAAAUUUUGCUAGAUCAUCCGGUGCUGGCGAAUCAGCCUUAUACAAUCCACCAAUCGAAGAGUUCGCUGUUUUGGAAACCACUUUCAAAACGUCUACAGGUAUAAGACGUUUUGAACCAUUACAAGGCCCUAGUAUUUUGAUUACUACCAAGGGUAAUGGUUACAUCACUGCAGAUGGUUUGAAAUUAAAAGUAGAACCAGGUUUUGUCUUUUUCAUUGGUCCAAAUGUUGCUGUUGAAAUAGAAACUGAUGACAACACUUUUACCACUUACAGGGCUUUCGUUGAGGCUUGA